AUCCAUAAACUCUACCUGGAUGCUGGAGCAGAUUUUAUUGAAACUAAUACCUUUUCUGGAACGACAAUAGCCCAAGCUGAUUAUGGAACCGAACAUUUAGUUCAUGAAAUUAAUUAUCAAUCGGCUUUGAUAGCUAGACGAGCUUGCGAUACUGUAGAAUUAGAAACUGACAGAAAAUGUUUCGUAUGUGGAUCUAUCGGACCAACGAAUAAAACCUUAUCCAUUUCACCGUCAUUGCUAGAAGGUGGUGUAGAUGUAUUAUUAGUUGAAACUGUGUUUGAUACUGCUAAUGCAAAAGCGGCUUUAUUCGCCAUUAGAAGUUUAUUUGAGGAUGAAGAAAUCAUGGAGGUUCCCGUAUUUCUUUCCGGUACCAUUGUUGACCUUUCUGGCAGAACACUGUCGGGACAAACUGGAGAAGCGUUUUUGGUGUCUACCAGACAGGGAAAACCAUCAGCCGUAGGACUGAAUUGUGCACUUGGAGCUAAAGACAUGCGGCCGUUCAUAGAAGCUAUGGCAAAUUUCUCCGAAGCUCUUAUUAUAUGCUACCCAAAUGCUGGUAAACAGUUUGCUAUGGAUGGCUUGGUCAACAUCGUUGGUGGAUGCUGCGGAACUACUCCCGAUCAUAUUUCAGCUAUUGCCAAGGCUAUGAAGGGCGUGACACCCCGACAACCUCCUCCGGACCCAAAUGAGGGCAACAUGCUCUUGUCAGGACUCGAAGCAAUGACUGUGGGGCCUUACAGCAAUUUUAUAAAUAUUGGAGAGCGUUGCAAUGUGGCUGGUUCAAGGCGAUUCUGCAAUCUCAUCAAGAAUGGGAAUUAUGAGGCUGCCAUUGAUGUAGCACGAGUUCAAGUAGAAAAUGGUGCUCAAGUAUUAGAUAUCAACAUGGACGAAGGACUUCUCGAUGGUCCCUAUGCGAUGAGCAAAUUCCUUCGACUUCUAGCCACUGAACCAGAUGUUGCUAAGGUAAAAUACCGGGGUCGACGACACUCCGGGCAAAUUUGAUC